GUUACAUGCUUUUUGUGAGGCAAACAAACGAUCAUAAAUAAAUUCAAUUGUGUCCAUUAAUUAGUGGCCAGCGGAGCAGGUCCUUACUGUUAGUGUUUAUCCACAAAUGGUGGUGGUUGUCCCCCGUUGCUCCACUGCAUUCUCCCGUCAUCUCCUUGGGAAGCUGUCUCCUCCUCUGGUGAAAUUAUAUGUCCAAGAUUCUUGUGAAAUUUGCCCAACUUCUCUCAAUCAAUCCUCCUCUUCACAUCAGAAAAUGGGGAUUCUAAGAUCCCUUCCAAUGGAUCUUGUUGUCACCAAUGCAUUACUGGUUGUUACACCUCUAGAAGCCAUGGCAGAAACCUGUGAAACACAGCAGUCUCUGUUUAACAUGAACAUGCCCCUGCUGCUGCUUGUUGCUCUAAUUGGGGCUACUGUUGGAGGACUGGUUGCUCGACAAAGAAAAGGAGAACUGCAACGACUGAAUGAACAGCUACGGCAGAUUAAUACAGCUUUAAAAAGGCAAGCACAGAUCGAAUCAUAUGCACCCACUUUAAGUUAUGCUCCUGUUGGUGCUAGUAAGAUACCAGAAAAUGAAGUGAUUGUUGAUCCAAGGAAACAAGAUCUGGUAUCCCGUCUUAAAAACGGGAAGAAUUUCUUAAGAAAUCAAGAUCCAGAUAAGGCAUUUUUGGAGUUCAAGGCUGCACUUGAGCUCUCUCAAGCUAUCAAGAAUCCAAUAGAGGAAAAGAAAGCUGCAAGAGGAUUAGGAGCAUCAUCGCAAAGGCAGGGUAAGUAUCGGGAAGCCAUUAACUACCAUUCUAUGGUUCUAUCGAUCUCGAAAAGAGAAGGGGAGGAUUCAGGAAACACAGAAGCGUUUGGAGCAAUAGCUGAUUGUUACACAGAACUUGGUGAUCUGGAUCAAGCAGCCACCUUCUACGAUCAUUACAUCUCUAGAUUGCAAGCAGAAUGAUCAAAUUGUGUAAGAAGAUGAAACAUGAUGUUUACCUGCUGGUGCUGCUGCUGGUGGUGGUGGAAGAAAUUAAUAUACCAUCACCAUAUUUCAUGUGUCAUUCAUUUGUAUCCUUUGAUCUCCUGAUAACCAACACAAGCAUAAACAAGGAUUAUCAAGAUAUAUACCAAUGAAUUCCGAUGUGAUUUUCAAAA